AGCUAGCAGCUAAAGCUACUGCUGAAGAAGCCAAACCCUGCUAAUUCAAAACACUGAGCCUUGAUCUAUUAGAUGGUAUUAAAGAUGGAUGCAAUUUCUGUGACAGGUUUUAGUCGGGAAGUCCGGUUUUAAAGAUGACCAUUUUUUUAUUAUUGCUGUCUUGAUAAGAGACUGUGAACCUGCAUCCUCACCAGCUAACAAUUUGUCCGUCACAGCUAAAUGGUAAAUGGAAAUGUAGCGCUUUUCUACUCUAGUAUAUUCAAGACGCUUUAUACCUCAUUUACAACUAUUCAUAGGAGCACUUUUUUCUGUUCUAAGUGUCUUUAUCUAACAUUCGCGCACACACUAACUUCAGUAUCUUGCCCAAGAAACUUUGGCAUGGAUCAGGGAUCAAACCACCAACCUUCUGAUUCGUAGAUGCUCUACUUCUUGAGCUAGGGAAGUCUACUUUUCUGAAAUGCAAAAUGACAAAAAAAAUACACAAAAUCAACUUAAUAGUUUAAUUAGUAAAACUGAAUGGGUCACCAGGAAAGAGUUUACUGAAAUCAAGUUUGAGGGCCAAAGUGUUUUUUGCAACCACCGCUAUCAUCUGUUGGUGGCUAUUAAAAAGAAUGCAGGUUAAGGCACUUACUUGUUUUAAAUAUAUUUUUUAUUAUUUGUGGAUAUAAUUACCAAAAAGAACCAAAACUGUUAUAAAAAGGGAGUAAAUCGGCCAUUUACGAAACCACAGUUUCCAUCACUUCCUCUUCAGAUUGAUUUCUGUUUUUCUUUAUCCAGUCCUGGAGCUUGCUGCUUGGAAUUUACAUGGUGACUAAUGAGGUUCAGCGGUGAAGACUAGUAGAUUUUCUUACUUUUUUACGAGAACUAGCUGGCUCCAGCUUCAUAUUGGACAGACAGGACAGUGGCAUGUUUGUGCCCAGUUUAAACAUUUCUUUAGGUUUGGUCUUAACCGGCUGUAUCAAUAUAACAAUUGACAGUGAUUUGUAAUCAUUUGUCUUUAGGGUUAACUAUGAAGGCUAUAUUGGAUAUAAAGUGUGCUGUUACUGCAAAUAACAACACACUUUAUACUUUGCUCACUGUCUUUAUGGGGAAACAUCUGAGGUAAUAUUAGUAAAAGUAAACAUUAACAAUAAACCACUUGGCACUCACUGGUUAAUUAUAUCUAAACAGUAGAAAGAGACGGUGAAGGAUAAGGUCGUGGGGGGAGUAUCUUGUUCACACAUGCCUCCUCCCUCCUUCUCUCCUCCCUCUUUAUCUUUCCUCCCUCUGUGCUUCAGCAGCAUUACCAGUCGUGGUGACUGGGAGGAGAGGAGCAAAGCAUGCAGCAGCCAGUCAGUCAUUUAUAGUUCAUUGUUUUCAUCACUGCAUUGUACCACUCAAAGAAUUUGUUCUUCUUUUGUGGGACGUGGUCGUUGGGGGAAGAGACGUUUUCCUCUCUCUCUGGUGAAUUGUUCAUUUUUAAAGGGCGAUUCAGUUUUUCUAACUCUAUUUUUGUGCUGCUUGCACGAUAUUAUGAUCGUCCCACUUUGGCUGCAGUUGAAUGCGAGUCUUGGAGUGGUUUAGACUGGCUAGCUUUGGUGCUUUUCCUGCCAGAUUUAUGAAAGGAGAGAGGUCAGUAUGAAAUUUGACUUCAGUGGAACUCAAAAGUGGGAGGAACCUCAGAGGAUGGUUUGACUUGGAGGAAGGCGAUCUUCUCUUGUGGAGUGGCAUCUUUUCUACUGCGAAGAGCGAGAAGUCUUCAUUAUACAGGGGCAAAGGAAGACAAAAACCUCAAGUUUUUGGGUUUGAGAGCUUUAAAUUCAUAGACCAGAAGAAACUGGGCAUCAUCGGGAAAACGCACAAAUCACGUUUUGGCUUCAUCUCAUCGUUAUACCAUGGCAGGGAUGUACGGAUGCUUUAAGGGUCGCAACAGUGACAGUGCUGCCAUGGCAUCAGGAACUCCAGACGUGACAACCAAUCAGGAGCCUGCUGAAGUCCAGGAAGAGUGCUCAGGAAAGAAGAAGUCCAAGUUCCAAACGUUUAAAAGGUUCUUUGCCAGGAAGAAGAGAAAGGAUCCAUCAGCUGCAGGAGCGGACGCGAGCCUUAAAGCCAGCCAGUCGAGUGACAAUGUCAGCAAAGCAUCAGAGAGCAACACACUCACUCGAGCAGAGAAGGAUAAAGGCUCUGGGUCGAAGAUCAGUCUGGGAGGCAAGGCUUUGUCACAUGACUCCGUGUUUGUUUCUGACUCAUCGGAGGCAAACGAGGCUCUGGGGGCAUCGCAGGACAGCAUUCAUGGGAAGGUGAAAUCCCUCCAGCUUCAGCUGAAGCAGGCCAUCAAACUGGGCUCUCCACCGUCUCUGAUGUGUGUGAAGAGGGCAGAAGAUCCUGCGACCAUGUCUGAGGAUGACGGCCUACCCUGCAGCCCACCAGAAUACACAACAGUUCACACGAAUCAGGCUCAGGCGAACAGUUCCAUCAGUCUGGAGGGAAUAGACAGCGAUGAGGACCGGCUGUCCUGCGCAGCCUCCAGCAGAGCAGUGAGCCCCCUGGUGGUUCCAGGAGACUUCAGCCAGCCGGCCAGUCCUUUUGUCUGUCUGGAUAACUCUGCAGCCAAGCACAAGCUGGCCCUGAGGCAAAAAGCCAGGAGGAGACCUGCCAGUCGAACAGAGGGGAAAGCAGGGCAAGAGUCUGAGAUGGAGGCGAAGCUGACGACCUCCACACCGCUGCAAGACCAGCAGGAGGCAGAAGAAGUGGCUGAUGUUCUGCUGAAACCAGAAGUUGAGAGGGAGGAAAAUGAGGAAGAGGAGAGCGAGGAGACGGAUCAACCACAACAUUCCAUACAAUCCCUGUUGGGAGAUGAGGAGGAGGGAGAAGAUGAGUCCGAUGCCGAACAGGAUGUUUCUCACGGCCCGGACACUUCCUCUCCUCCUGAGCCAAGUCACUCGGAGGAAGAAGACUCCGACAGUCAGCCCCUGCCCUCCUCCAAGCUCAGCUCAAGCGCCUCCUCUCUGGAUAGUCCCAGGGCCACACCAGAGCCCCCUUCUGGCUUGACGGACACAAGCAUGGCUUCCAGUGCAGCGGAGAGUAAGGAUGUAAGUGACUCUGCAUCUGAAAGUGAAGAAGAUGGGAUCCAGAACCACGGGGAGGAGGAGAACUCCUUCUUACAGGAGGUGCUGAGCUCUUUGAAGACGCCCCUCGUAUCUGCCUCGCUUGAUAUGAAAACUGAGGGCGCCGUCCUGGAGAUGAAGGAGGAAGAGGUCAAAGAAAAGGAGGAAGAAGAGGUAGAAAUGGAAGAAGAAGAGGAGGUUAAGGAAGAAGAGGAAGAGGUGGAUGAGUCCCUCAGUUCUCAGGCUGCUCCCUCGUGCUCCAUGCUGUCAGAUCAGACCACGAAGGAAGAGGAGCAGGUUGUCACUUCCUUGUGGCAGGAAGAAGAAGAAGGAGGAGUGGAUGCUGAGGAAGAAACGGAGGAGGAGGAAGAACCAGCUGUGGAGAGAUUUAUUCGAUCUGAUGAUGAGGAAAAAGGAGAAGAGCAGGCAGUAGAAGUCAAGCCUGAAGAGGACGACAGCGUGCUCUCAUGCCAAACUAUCAGCCAGGCAGGUGACGACAACGUGGGACAAGAAGAUGGGGAGAGUGAGGGAGGGGACGAGGAGGAGGCAAUCAAGCUGGAGAAGUCUGAAAUGGAGGAGGAAGGGCGGGAGAUGAGGGAAGAGGAUGAGGAAGUCGAGACGACUGAAAGGACAGAAGUGGAGGAGGCAGAGGAAGCAGUGGAAGGAGAGGAGAGAGGCGCAGAAGAGAUGCCUGAGAUGCUUCCGGAUACGCCGGGUGAAGAAGUUCAGGUGGUGGCGCAGGAGGUGGAUGAAGGUGUGGCGCUUGAAGGUGACGCAGUGUGCGCUGUAAAACUCAAAGAUGAUGAUCAAAUUCCAGCAGAGAUGAGCGAUCAAGGACUCACCACGGAGCAGAAGGAGCAAGAUUUCAACCAAAACUCUGGAGAUGAGACUGAAGAGGGAGAAGACACAGUAGAGGAGGGGGCUGACCUCAGCGUGGGGUUAGACCAAUCGGAGAAAGGUGUGGGAGGGAGCCAGAGUGAUGCAGAUCAAAGCGAACAGGAGCUGGAGAGCGAGGAAGCAACGCCGCAGUCAGACACUAAACAGAUGGAGGAGUGUCCGAGUGAAGCCGCAGAACAAGACGACGGCUCCCCCGAGCCUCCUCCUUUGUCCCUGCAGUCACCAAAGAGCGAGGCCAGGAGUCCCACCAAGACCAGCACAGCGAUCGUCCACAUAAAUCUAGUUUCUCCCAGCUCAGAAAAAGCCACGUCUUUAUUCCAGCUGCCUCCAGCUGCUGCAGAUUCCAGUGACAGCGCCAGUGAAGCGGCUUCACAUGACACAGAGUCCACCUCUGCAGAUAAAGAGGAAGCUGACGGUGUGGAGGAGGAAGAAGAAGAAGAAACGCAUCAAGACGCUGCAUCUCCUGCACCGGCUGAGGAAAAGACAAGCCAGCCGCCCUGCAGCCCCGAUCAUACUAAAGUCCGCUUCACGAUCGCUCCCGCCUGGCAGAGAUCACAAAGUCUGAACCCUCCUCCUUCCCCACCUGCUUCUGUCUCCUCCCCCUUCGCUGUCGCACCAUCCAGCUGCGAGGAGCCGGAGACUGUGACCGAGGAUUCGGUCACGAAAGCAGAACUGGCGACUUCACCAAAGGUCGAGUUGGUGCUGAGCCCCAGUAGGGUGAAAACCGCCAAACCACAAAGCAGUGUGACACCGGCUCCACCCAAGAUCUCUACUUCUGCGAGCAUUGAAGAGAGCUCAGUGAUUGUAGAGGGAAACCCGGACAAUCCCUUCGGAGUUCGGCUGAGAAAGACUUCGGCUCUGCUGCGCUUCAGCUCAGAGGAGGAAAACACAGAGCCUCCGACUGAGUCACAAACUCAGCCACCCAGCUCUAAAGUUGACUCCCCGCAGCCAGUCAGUGUUAAGCCCUCCAUCUGUCCACCGGUCAGCAUCAAACCUGCGCUGCCUAAGAAGCCAGAGGUUCAAGCUGAAAGUGGAGGGAAACUGAAGCGCGUCUCAGAUUCAGUUGCGGGCCGCGCUGUUUCUACUGGAUCUGAUCCUCCCAGCUGGAUCUCUGUGGCCAAACAGAAGCAGAAGAUCUAUAAGGAAAACUCACUGGAGGAGAUCACUGUCAAGAAGGAGGACCAAGAGAGAAAGUCUUCACUUCCAACAUACGUCUGCUCAGCUGCAAGCAAGGAGCAAGGCACCAAAACAGCUGAAACCAAAGGCAAAGGGGCUCAUUUGGAGAUGAGCAAGCCGUCAGUGUCUCCAGACAAGGAGGCCAGAAGGCCUUUCUCUCCUCCGACUCCAGUGCCGCCUCAGCCUUUAAAAUCCCAGCCCCUCCCCUGUGUUGCCCCCAAACCCUAUGUCCCACCACCCCAAGAAAAGUAUCCACCACAACCUAACCCCCCUCAGCGAUGCCUGUCAACACCAGACGCUCCAAAAUCUCCUGCUACUCCGUCAUCUCCCUCUAAAACUCCGCUCACCUGCUCCCCAUUUCCAUCGAGGACCGCCUCGGAAAAGCCCGUCCUUAGAGCGCCGGGGCUUCCUGGACAGACGCCGCCCUCCCAGCGAAACCUGCCUCCCACAACUCUGGCCCAGGACGAGCCCCCCUGGAUGGCGCUGGCCAAGAAGAAAGCCAAAGCCUGGAGUGAGAUGCCCCAGAUAGUCCAGUGACAGGCCAGGUCAGAUUUAGAGAAACCACGCCCCCCGUGGGACCUGAAAGGCUCCAGGAUGGAGCAGAACCGGUUUGCACACAAAUAUCUUUUAAUCCUGAGCUUCAGGCUUUAGAUUGGUGUAAAAUGCCCAGCUCCACAGCUGAAGGCAGGCUCUUUUUUACUCCUUCAUUUCUGUUUUCUAAAUGACACGGUAGGACCCCGAAAGUUAACGCGUCUUACUCGAGGAGGAUAUUUUUUUUCUUUGUUUGUUUGGUUGCUUUUAAAGAUUCGUAGUUUGGGAUGAGGUGCCGGAAUGAGACACCUGCAGCCUCACACCAGUACGUUUUAACUUUAACUCGGAUGAAUCCACUUCACAUCACUAAACAUUUCAGGAAAGGGAGCACAGAGAUGUUUUUUUUAUAUGAGAACACUUCAUUUACCCAGAACGAUGAUAAAGUAACAGAAAAAAUCUUCUGUUCGUUCUUAAGAAUGGACCUACACGAUGCUGCCGGCCUGUGUGUGUGUGUGUGUUUAUUAUAAGGCAGGUAUAAAUGCUGAUAUAUUUGAGGAAAAUGGAAUAGUCCGUGGUCUGAGAGUGAGAUGAGGAUUAAAUCCAGAGCUGUUCUUUGUUUUUAAAUCUACUUUAAGAGAAGCACGUCCAAUCAGGUCCGUGGACACUCGUCCGUGUAAAUUAUAUUUUUUCAUUUUCACUUUUGAUAUUUUUGAAUUCUUUUUGAUAUUUUGAUCAACUCCAAGUAUCCUGCAGAAAUCUCCCAAACCCCGCCCCCAAAAAGCUGAUAAUCAGUGAGCGCUGCCGCUGCGUUCAGUCAUCUGUUUGAAAUUGUUUAAUGCAUCGCUGCGUUGCAGAGUGUUGUCGACUAUGAAUCCUUUUCCAGUGUAAAUGAAACAUAAGUAUAAAGCUACUUAGGCACUUAGAGCUGGGUUUGCUGCUGGAUGCGUCGUCUGUGUCGUUUCAGUGUGUCUGGCAGUAAGCAUAUGCAGAUAUGUGAUACUCGUUUUGUAUUGCCUUUUGAGAAUUUGUCUUGUACAUAAUAAUGCGCAGUAAAGAACAAAUUAUAAAGCAUG